CAGAAAGGCAGCCCCAGACCCGUGCCUUGGCUACAGACACUUUUAAGGAUUUCUCAGUUACUGUUAAGACGAGCAAAAUGAAGAUCAGUCUUCUGGCUCUUGCACUGACCGCCUUUGUUGGAGCUAAUGCUCUCUAUAGUGUGCCUAGCGAAUGCCCCCAGACGUCGAGUGUCCGGGCAACAGACUGCCCCGGUGAGCCAUGUGACGGCAUCACGGCUUGUGGGGACGGUGAACUGUGCUGCUUCACAGACUGCGACACCACCGUGUGCACGCAAGUGACUGCCUCUUGCACUGUCGGUACCCGCACUGUCAGCCAUGGGCAGAUGGACGAAGAGCAGCAGUGUUUGGAGGAUGACGAGUGUGGCUUCUGUAUCUGCAAUAACGGAAAUUUUGACAAACUCCCUUGCUAUGACGCCGGAGUCGCUGGUGAAUAUCCCAUCGCCAUAUAACAAAAACGAUAUUCUGAUGUCAUAAGACUCCAACAGUGUGUUUUAUUAGUAAGAUUCUGUGAUGCAGGUUGUUGUUCUAUGUCAUUCAACAUAAAUAAAAUUUAAUCAACAGCCCAGAUACUAAAAGCAAUCAAGGAAUAUUCCACUUUUGUUGAAACAAACAAUAAAGACGGUUUUCUACAGUGAAAA